AAGUCGGUGAGUGCGGAGGAACAACAAAAGUCGUGAGUCGCCUCCAGUGGAAAUCAGACCGCAAUUAGAUUCGAACGGAGACCAGUCGGAGAAAACCGGGUCGCUAUUUUUAGCAGUGAAUGCCUAGCACAAAUCAAUCGAGUGGACGCAAUCGUGAUAAGUGAAAUCAGUGCAGCGACGUUUUUGUGUCAUCUUUUCAGAACGCAAUUUGCUCAAAUUUUUGUGAUAAGAAAAAUACAAUUGGCGCCCGCGAUAGUACUUUAAGACCUGUCGGAACAUUUUCUGGAGCGACAAAGAUUCCCGAGUCGUAAUUUAGUUUUCUCGUCGCUUUUUACUUCCGUAAACAUGUUGCUGCGAAGAAUCAACGUACAGCAGGCGGUUAAGUCGUUGGUGCAGAAUCGCGAAGGGUUUGCGGCGGCCGCGGUUAACGCGAAACGUUUCAUUUCGACCAGUGAAGGUGUAAAUUCCGAUUUCGUUACCAAGAAAGAGCCGAAAAUUUCACCGAGUGAACUUGAUCAGCGCCAGAAGCUGAAGAAAACCAUCAGAACUUUAUCAACACUUAAUCAUUCGGUACCAUUGGCUGCUCGUGCAUCUGUUUCAAAAGAUGAAAGCCGUGAAUUUAUGGCCGUGUUUCCAGAUCUUGUUCGCGAUUUAACAGAGGCAAUUAGCAAAUAUGAUCCAAAAUUUGCGGCCAAAUGGUAUGCAAAGGCAUUACAAUAUAAUGUUCCUCGUGGCAAGAAAAAUCGUGGCUUAGCCACUGUCCUCACAUACAAACAACUUGUGGAUAAAUCAGAGUUAACACCUGAGAAUGUCAGGUUGGCUCAAUAUGUUGGAUGGUGUGUAGAAAUGCUCCAAGCAAUGUUCCUAGUUUUCGAUGAUGUGAUGGAUGGAAGUACAACCCGUCGUGGUCAACCUUGCUGGCAUCGUAUGGAUGGUGUCGGAUUGAUUGCAAUCAAUGAUGCGCUGAUGAUCGAAAAUGGAAUUUAUCAUAUUUUGAAGAAAUAUUUCAGUCACACAGAAUAUUACACAAAAUUAGUGGACUUAUUCAGAGAGGUUACACUGAUCACAACUACUGGACAAUCCUUAGACGCACAAAUGGCUAACAAAGAUCCUACACAUUUUACAAUGGAAAAAUACAAGACAAUAGUUGCUAAUAAAACUUCAUAUUAUACAUUUUAUCUUCCGGUCGCGGCACCGAUGCAUAUGUGCGGAUUUACAGAUCCCGAAGUAUUUCGUCAAGCCAAAACCAUCCUUCUCGAAAUGGGACACUUUUUCCAAAUCCAAGAUGAUUUCUUGGAUUGUUUCGGUGAUCCCGCCAUAACUGGCAAAGUAGGUACUGAUAUCCAAGAAAACAAAUGUUCCUGGCUAGCAAUUGUAUGCAUGCAGCGGGCAUCAGAUGAGCAGAAAGCAAUCAUGAAAGAGUGCUACGGACAGAAAGAUCCAGCUAAAGUUGCACGCGUCAAAGAGCUGUACAAAGAAUUAGGCAUUCCCAACACAUACGCAGUGUAUGAGGAAGAAUCUUAUAAUAUGAUUAAGACACACAUCCAACAAACGUCCCGGGGUGUGCCACAUCAGAUAUUCUUGAAGAUUUUAGAUAAGAUCUAUCAAAGAGACUCGUAAAUAGGUUUCUCCCCGUAAACUUUUAAUUAUUCUAUUUUAACGCAUUUUUUCUUUAAUUCAUGGAAGGAACGUUCUUUAGUUAGUGCAAGUCAUUAUCUAUUGCUAUUUUUUAAUCACGAUUUAGUCAUUGUAUAUUCGAUUAUAUUCCUCUCAAGAGGGCGAACUGAACAAAGUAACUUAGUCAGUCUACACAAUUGGUUAACAUUUAAUAUCGCGGUUUCCUGUCAAUUCGAUCGAACUGAGUAAUGAUAUGGUUAUAAUGAAAAUAUAAUAUUUGUAAUUUUAUAGUGUUAAUAAAAUAUAUUUUAUACG